CUUUGUUGUUGUUGCUUUUCUUAGGGGCGCUAGGGCAAGGAGUGUACUCUCGAGAGAGAUGUGAAGGGCCAUAUAAUAAGAGAGAAGAAGAGUUAGCGAAAUGUUUUUUGUCUGUUCCACUUCCAACCGGCGACCAGUUCUCCUCAAACGUACUGCUUUUAGACUUGAGCGGGAAUAAUAUUACUUUACUUCCUAAAGAUCUUUUCAAGAACCUUGAAGAUCUAUAUCUCUUGGGAUUGAACGAUAAUGGUCUUACCUCAAUUAACAAGCAUAACUUUAAAAACCUGAAAAACCUCAUAAACUUAUUGAUAAGCAAAAAUAAACUUGAGUUUAUAGAGGAAGGCUCGUUUGACGAUCUUAAGUCGCUGGAGCUUUUGAACUUAGGCAGCAAUUGCUUAACGUCAAUAAGUGAUAAGCUAUUUGAAGGUUUAAGCAACAUUACUACCUUAAAUUUGGGUGGGAAUCGCCUGACGUCACUUAAUAAAAACACGUUCAUAGAUUUAAUAAGCCUUGAAGCUUUAUCGCUGAGUGAAAACAGUAUAAAAUCGUUGGGAGCUGCUUCACUUUCCAAACUGAGGGCAUUAACCGACUUGGAUUUAUCUUAUAAUCCGAUCACCUCAGUAGACUACGAUGAUUUUGAAGAUCUGCCUAAUCUAAAACUGCUUUCUCUAUGCGGAUGCUCCAUUGUAUCGAUAGCUGAUAAUACAUUUUCUCGGUUGACAGAGUUGCUCUUUUUGGAGUUAAAUAAUAACAGACUUACAGCGAUCCACGAUGGUAUGUUUAAGGGCCUGAAUAAAUUACAAAUCUUACAUCUUUCGGAUAAUAACAUUAAAUCUAUUGCGGCAAAUUCCUUUAGAUUACUAACGGGACUAACGAGCUUGUUUUUAUCUCGUAAUCCUAUAACUGAGAUCGGGCCCGACGCAUUUGGUCUUACCUUUAAUUAUGCAAAAUUUUCCUUAUCCCUCAAUAAGACUUUUCUCUGCUGCUCGCGCGUUCUUUAUCCAAGCCUUCGUUAUUCAGAUUCCAGUUGCACCUAUCGAGGUGCACUAGAAGAGUAUAAUAGCUUUGCAAAGAAGAAGUGUUAUUCCUCUUCGGCAGCAAGUGCUCAAAAAGCCCAAAAGAAAAAGGUGGUUCGGUUGGAUUUGCCCCUCAAAGUCCUUGUAAACUCGUCCACUAACAAGAAUCAGAAUGUGAAAAAAAGAGUUAGCGAAAUUAAAAAGAUAAAGAGCGACUCACAAGUAAAAAAUCAAUGGCCUGUCGAGAGCUAUAUUAAGAAGAUAAAAAAUGACUCUCUUUGGCUCGGCUAUGGUAGUGGCGAGGAAUUAACAGCAAAAAGACGUGAUAGAGGCAAAAAAGGGAGAUUACUUGGAAGCCUCCUGGUCAACCCAAAAUAUAUUUUGAUUAUAACUUUUGCAAUUAUUGCUUUAGUUAUUAUAAUAAGUGUGUUCAUAGCAUAUAAACACAAGUAUUUCAAGAGGAAUUUUGAUAUUCAGUUUCGCAAUAAGUCAGUAGAUGUCAGUGCUACGAAUCCCCUUUUUAAGGAUGGGGUUUACACAGGUUAUAAUAGUUCAGUGGUAUAA